AUGAUUUUAGAAAAGGAUACUAUGGAAUCUAAAAAAUACGUCGUCGUUAAAAACCACGUUCGCGAAAUAGUAGACAAUGAAAAUGAGGGUGUUACAGAGGAAACAACGGAGGCAGACAAACAGAAGACUUCGAAGAAGUCUAAAAAAGCAAAGAAGGAGCAAACUUCUGCCACCGAAGACGAAAACGUCAGUGAUAUAAAAGAAAAAGAUCUAGAACAGCUUCUAUCAGCUUACAACAGUUGUAAAGCCAUAAUAUCUAAAAUAGAAACGAAAUACGGACACUUAUUAAACUUAAACAGUAACGAAGAAGAAACGGAAUAUGAUACUUCCAGGAAAAGAAAAUAUAGGUACAACCAAUGUUAUUGUACUCCACAGAAAAGGUACAGAUACGACGAAGGUGGUUCACAAUACUACAAUAAUAGAUACUCUGGACAGUGGGGUUAUAAUCAAUAUAAUAAUUACGACACAAGUUACAACAGACAAUCAAAUUACGAUUCAUCAUACAACUAUUAUAAUCGUAAAUCACAUGUUGAAGUCGAGGAUGAAAGUAGCUAUGAUCUGCCGAACUCAUUGUGCGAGUUAGGAGAUCUGUUGAAAGAUCCAUCAAUACAUAGGAGCUAUAGAUAUAGAAUUAUACAGCAAAUGAAGUACAUGAGACGGGAAUAUUCAAGCCUUAUGAAGUAUGAUAAGAGAUUUAUGAUCGAGCAGCUGAAGUUGAAUCCCGAUGAAUAUUUUGAGUUUAAAGGUUCGAACUUAUCAACACUAGAAGGAUAUCCUGCAUAG